UUGUUUGUACGAGCUUCCUGCUGGCUUGUCUCGAAAAGCAUCAGUGUGCAGGAGUCCUGACCUGCACCUGCCACCCUAAAAAGCCUUUAUCAAAGGAAGGUUUGCUGUUUGGAGAUGAACGCUGGCAAUUACUGCUAGGCAUCAAUCACUGAGCCCCUCUGAGGGCAGAGCCUGUGCUCCUGAGAUCUCACUGCGUUCGGCGCGGGAGCGAGGGAGGUGUGAGGAAUCGGCUGCUUUGCGAUGAAUGGGACCUGACAGUGCUGUCAGUCUGUGAGCCGGCAACCCCGGCAGAGCACGCUGCGGCUCCCAGGGCUCAGGGGGAGCUCCCACGAUAAGGAUGUUAUCCUGAAUAUUCUCAGUGUCCUCACUGACCUGCUUUCUCUGGGGACUGGCCGGAGAAUUCACUACGUGAUCAGCAAAGGAGGCAGCGAGGCAUUGCUGCAGGCUCUCACCACCGCUGCCCACACCGAGCCACCUGACCACAGCACCCUACUGCCCCUGCUGCGGCUGCUGGCCAGGGUUGGCCAACGAGAUAGGAAGUUUGGGCUGAAAGUGCAGAAGGCAGAAGCAACUGAUAUAAUACUGAGCUUGGCAAGAAGAAGCCUGGGUCACCACCUGCUCCUCACCCACUGCCUCUGGGUCCUGCGGGUUUGUGCUUCUAAUGUUACCUCAGGAACCACUCUUGGUGUCAACGGAGCCAUGGAGCUGCUUUUCAAAGUCAUCACCCCCUACAGCAAGAGACACGUCAGGACAGUCAGGGCAGCCAUUGAGGCUCUGGCAGCUUUGCUGAAAUCAAAGUCUAAUAGCCGUCGGGCAGUGACCAGCGGCUACCUGGAUGGAUUGCUGAGGCUCUAUCAAGACUGGCAUCACAAUGAUGUCUCCAACAACUACAUUUAUGUUCGUAGGGGUCUCUUGCUCUGCCUAAAGCACAUCACCAAUGUCCAGCUGGGCAGGGAGACUUUCCUUGAUUGCCAGGGUAUGGACAUUCUCUUCACAACUGUACAGGACUGUUUGUCUUGCAAAAAUCUGGAUCCUAUCAUAACCAUCGUGACUCAGAUUCUGAGAAAGUGCUACCCCAAGGAGCCUCUGCCUGUGCCGACAGCAAGAAGUUUCUAUUCUUUCCCUCUUCCUGGGAAUGCCAAGGCUGAACCUCCGUGUGAGGGAUCUGAAGGUGACUAUGAAAGUGAUGGAGAGGAAGAGGCUGAAAAAAACAUGGAUAAUGAGGAUGCGGAGAGUAAGGAGGAAGAUUAUGACUUGGAGACAGAUGUGAGCAAAUUGAGAUCAAGACCAGUGCUUGACCGGCCAGAGGCAGAUCUUGGACAAUAUGAAACAAUGUGUCCAGAACUUUCCCAUAAUUUUCAGGAGUUUGAAUCAGAAUCUGAGAAAGAGAAGACCUUGGAGGACAGGACUGAGAGUCUUCCCUCUGCUCCCUCUCAUUUCAUUCCAAGUGCUGUUUCUGUGAAACAUCCAAACUGCAGAUGGAGAAAUCAAAGCAUCACAGAGAUGGGACCAGAUCCAGGGGAAAAGGAUUUCCAAGUUCCACUGCAGAGCUGGACAAAGGGGGAGAAAAGCAGAUGGGAUCAGACUGAUGAAAAGAGAGACAUUGCAGAAGCAGCCAGAGAUGCAGACUCUUGUGAAGAGGAAGAUCCAGCCAGGAGUCAUAUGCUCACUUUACGUCCUCUCCCUGAAGAUGCUGCUUGGUACAAAAAAGUGUUUUGCUCUGAAUGUGAGGCUGCAAUCAAUUCUUAUCCUGGAGGGAGGCUGGAGAGCUCAGACACAGUGACAAAUCUUCUGGAGAAACACCAAGGGGAUAUCCCAUUCCACAGCCCUCUCUUCUACAUAACUAGGGCCAAAUGUGUUAAGUCCAUACCAAACUACAAAGACUUGGCAUUCCCUGAUUUUUGGGGCCACCAGCCACCUCCUUUCAGCAAGCCCAUGUUGGAGCGCAAGCAUGGGGUUCAAAGGGACAAAGUACUAGAUGAUGUCCGCCGUUUAAUCCAACCAGAUGAUGUGAUAGGCAGAACUGUGUUUGAUUUAGAUGAGCCCAGUCACUCAAGCCCAGCUGCUCCAGGCUGUCUGACAUUCUUCUCCAAGUUUGAAUCGGGAAACCUUCGCAAAGCCAUCCAAGUGCGUGAGUUUGAGUAUGACUUAAUUAUGAAUGCAGAUGUCAACAGCAACCAGCAUCACCAGUGGUUCUACUUUGAAGUCCGUGACAUGAAAUUAGCAGUCCCCUAUCGCUUCAACAUUAUCAACUGUGAGAAGCUCAACAGCCAAUUUAAUUAUGGCAUGCAGCUGGUCAUGUAUUCCGUGAAGGAAGCUCUCCAGGGCCGGCCUCGCUGGCUUCGGGCAGGCCAUGAUAUCUGUUACUACAAAAACCACUACCACUGCGGUGCAGCUGCAGGAGGAGGCGUGAGAGGAAAAUGCUACUACACACUCACCUUCAGCAUCAAGUUCCCUCACAAAGACGAUGUUUGCUAUCUGGCCUACCAUUACCCUUACACUUACUCCACAAUGAUGUCCCAUCUUGAUAUUCUGGAACAAAACAGGAACCCCAAGAAGGUUUAUUGGAGGCAGCAGACACUCUGCCAGACGCUAGGAGGAAAUCCAUGCCCAUUGCUCACCAUCACUGCCAUGCCAGACUCUAAAAAAAGAGACGACUUGGAGCAAUUCUGCAAUCGUCCUUACGUGUUUCUAAUGGCCCGUGUUCACCCUGGUGAAAGCAAUGCCAGUUGGGUAAUGAAGGGGACCCUGGAGUUCCUUGUGAGCAGUGAUCCCAUUGCUGAUCUCCUGCGGAAAUGUUUCAUCUUCAAGAUUAUCCCCAUGCUUAAUCCUGAUGGAGUCAUCAAUGGCAACCACCGUUGUUCAUUGAGCGGGGAUGAUCUGAACAGACAGUGGUUGACACCCAGUUCCCAGCUUCAUCCAACUAUUUACCAUGCCAAAGGUCUUCUCUGUUACCUGCGCAGCAUUGGCCGGGCUCCUCUGGUAUUCUGUGACUAUCAUGGACACUCCCAGAAAAAGAACGUGUUCCUUUACGGCUGCAGCAUCAAGGAGACCUUAUGGCAAGCAGGCUGCACAGUUGACACAGCAGUUAUCACAGAAGAUGUUGGUUACAGGACUCUUCCUAAAAUCCUGGAUAAAGUGGCCCCUGCAUUUGUCAUGAACAGCUGCAGCUUUCUGGUGGAGAAGUCCCGGGAGUCGACGGCCCGGGUGGUGGUUUGGAAGGAGGUGGGUGUGUUGAGGAGCUACACCAUGGAGAGCACAUACUGCGGUUGCACCCAUGGACUCUACAAAGGCCUGCAGCUGGGAACUCAGGAGCUGGAGGAGAUGGGGAGCAAGUUUUGCCUUGGUUUGCUUAUUCUGCACCUCAAAUCCCUGCCCUGCAGCAAGGAAGUGAUGGCUCAGGCAGCACUUCUGCUGGAUCUGGAGGAGGAAAUAACAGACCGGACACAAAGAAGCUGCAGCAACAGCUGCCUGGAGACUGAUGAUGAACCUCCUUGUGUGGAAGAACUUGAUUAUGAUACUGACAGUUGCUCUGAUGGAGAAGGGGACUUCUCGGAGCUAGACCAAGAGAUCCAGGAGUGCCUCUCGUGGGUGGAAGGACAGACAGAAGAUGAGGGAGCGACCAUGGGACAGACAUGCAGCUCCAAGGCUCUCAGGGGGCUCUAUAUGUCCAGCCAACCAGGAUCCAACAGUACAGCUCUCCCUCUGAGUCCAACAGCACUUGGGGUGUACAGUGGGUUUGAGAGCAGCCCUGCGUGAACAAGGCUUUGACUUGCAGAGCAGUAAGCAAACAGGUUGCUGCUCACAUUUGCCUGUUUGCCAGCUUCAGCAUCCUUCCUAGAUGUGUUGCUCCAGUUCUGAAUAGAAAAUUGUCUGUAUGUUUGUGUAAUUUGUAUACAUUCAUAUAUGGAGAGUGACUCCUUACACUUUGUACACAAAGCAGAGCAAGGGGCCACUGGCCCAGAUGGUUCUGUGUGAGAACAUCAUCCAUUCCUAUACAAAAUCCUCAGUCUCACAGCUGCUUCUAGUAUGUGGUUUCUUACAGACUGACCUGAGGAAUGGUCUUCUGAGAUGAAGGAACCAGAGAUGAUUCACCUUUUCCUAAUUUGGGCUCUUUAUUAUGGGAAGCAGCCUUUGCCUGGAAGAGCGACUGAUGCUUUUGGUUAGAUCUCUCCAUUGCCAUUUAUUUUUCUUGAGCUGUAGAGCAUGUAUCUGAUUUUUGUCUGAUCAGAAUUUUUACAGGGUGUUCAACAGGUUAGGUCAGGCUGUGCAUGCUUUUGAGCUGGUCCUAUCUUGGCAACAGUGUGGGAAAUCCCAUGUGCCGUAGUAAGGAAAGCACUAGUGAGAAUACAGAGUAGUCCUCUGGAAACCUGGGCUAAAUUCAGUUCUUUGCUAUGCUGGAAUUAACUAGUCUAAUGUAAUCUCAGUUGAGUCACUUCAGCCUGAACUGAUGGGCCCAGGUGUAGAAUUUGUUCCACAGAUGCUGUGAAAUUAUAUUUUCUCUGUGAAAUAUCCUUCCAGCUAAGAGUACAGAUACAACAGUCCAUCCUGGAGAACUAGACCUACAAUUUAAACCUAUUUGGAGUGAGAGGUGUUUGGGGCAUUUUAAGGAGAAAAACUUGUUUUCCUGAGGUAGCCAAGGGUCCCUCAAUAUUCUGUCAAUAGAUUAGUGAUGGUGGCAAUAUCCAAGAGUGAAUUUACCCCAUGCAUCAGUGCUGUGAGUGAUUAUUCUUUAUUAGUUUUAUUAUGAUACCACUAAGGAAAACUAGUUCGUGCAACAGGAUCCAAUUAUGGCAGACAGUAAUAUAAUAGGAGACGUUACUGCUGGGUUAUAUACAGGACAUAUUCUACUAGUAACUCCCAUAAUGGAGUCAGAGGAGCUUCUCCUUUCAUCCCCAAAUGGAAAAUCAGGUUUCUCUUAAAACUACCUGCCAAAUUCCUGAAAAUUGAACACAGACUGAGAACACACAUGUGUGCCCAACAUCCCUAAAGCAUGAAGCCCACGUUGCUGCAUCUCACACCUCAGAUUGCCUGAACUUCUCAUGUGUCUUAGACUCUUCUACUGCAAAUAGGGAAUUGCCUUGAACCCGAAUAAAACCAAUUGCACAAUGGAAGAGGCUCCAAACUCUGUCACUAUAAGGCUAAAGGAGAAGGAUGAAUGUAGUGUGUUGUAGCAUUACAGCCUAUAAGGCCUCCAUUAGCAGUGAUUAUUAUUUAUACUGAUGCGUGACUAAAAUCACCAUGUUGUCCUCUCAUCUUUAUGCUGUUUGUGGAGAGAACUCCUGGUGCACAGAGGUUUUCUCUGAUGCAUUUCUGAACACCUUUCCCCAGACUACUUAGACACAUUUUCCAGCAGGAGCUUGCUCUUUGGAGAAAUAGCUUCUUCCUGUCCUGUCCUGUCCUGUUCUUCCUGCUGGGUUUUCAGUAUCCAGGUGUUUUGAAGUCUUCACCAGAACGUAAGCGUUCUCUGUGUCUCUAGCUCUCUUUUUAUGAUGCUGCUCAAAAGACAGGCAGCUUGGGUCCUUAGAAGCUGAGCUUCUUAGGCCAAAUUAAUUCAUUAGGUAUGGUGUGUGUUCUCUGUACACGUCCUGUUCUGCUUGCUUUAGUGUGCGGCUCAUUCCACACAAUACUAAAUUUUCAUAAAAGGUUGGCUCACAGGAAUGGAGACAAAAGAGGUAAAACAGGUGUUCCCAUUAUAGUAGUUUGUAUAACAUUGCUUCAAAGCUUAUUAAUAAAAAAACUAUAUAUGUGCUCAGUUAACUUCAAAAUCCAACAUUUGUAUGUAUGACAAAAAACUCACACAGUGCUCAGUCCAGACUGCAGCACACACAGGCCAUGCUGUAAAAUCUUCAGCAUUCAGCACAUCCCCAGGACACAGGGCAAAAAAUACCAUUGUACAUAUGUGUCUGUAGAUGUCCAUGUAUACAUCCAGAGCUGCUUUUCUCUUCUGUGCUGUGUUCUGUACCAACACCCUGCCACGACAAUGACUGAAUGAUGUUUACUGAGGCUUGCCAAUGGUACACCUUAUUGCAAAUGAAAAAAAAAAAUCUUCUUAAAUCAGCAUUUUUCUUAAUGAGACACCAAUAUUUUGGCUAUAAAUACUUUAGACUAAUCUCAGCCUUCUGGCUAUUUCAUUCUGAAUUUCUUAUGCUAGGGAGAAUUCUGUUCAGUGGGAAAAUUCUGCCUAGUUGUGAUUCAUUGAAUAGACUGUGGAAAAGUUGUCUUAGUAUAAUAAAAGCGGACUUGUAGCUUC